CUGCCCCAGCCCCACCCCAUUUUGCCCCGGAGGAUCUCCCCAAAGUCUUCUCUCAAUUCUCAUGUCCGAAAUUAGAGAAAAGAAGACGACCAGAGCGGCGGCUGAAGCCAUGCUGCAACUCUUAGCCUGACCACCGUCGCCAUGCCUGCUUCUCUCUGCAACCUCCUCUCCUUCUUACCCUCCCUUCCCCUCCCCGCAAAAAAAGAACCAUCUUUCUCUCCUCCUGCUACUACCAAUCUCCCAUGGCGGAGGCUCUCGAGGAACAAAGAGAGUGGAUUCCUCCCGGCUCUCCAUUCUCGCACGGAGGCAGCGCCGGGGUGUGGAGGAGUUUUGAGGAGCUGCUUCCCUUCUUUGGCUUGGGCCAACGUGAUGUUCGCCAAAGGGGGAUACUAUAACGUCCAGCUGGUGGUGGGGGAGGACGAGCCGGAGGAGGUGCUUUUACGACGGUUCCGGCGAGAGGUGAUCAAGGCUGGGGUCGUCCAGGAGUGCAAGCGGCGCAGAUGGUUCGAGAACACCCGGGAGGAGAAGAAGCGCAAGGCCCGAGAGGCUCCAAAGAGACGUUUUCAGCCAAAAUAUGCCCCCAAAGAUGAGCAAGAGGCACCAAUGAAAAAGAAUGAAGAGGAAGAAGACAAUUGGGAACUUCCUGAAGGAGAACUUCCCUAUUGAAUUGGAGCCACACCUCCCUAUUUUUCGGUAGGAGACUGUGCGGUGUGUACUCCUGUUCUGGAUCUGAUCUUUAUGCUGCUCAUUUUUGUGAGUUUGAAGUCCAAUCUCAUAGUUGUGAUGGAGGUCCAAUCUUUAACUUUGCUCACUAUCUUAUGUGUUAAUGAUUUAUUUAUUUGUUUGCUUUGAAGAACCCAUUCUACCUCGUUCCUUUUUCCUAUAGACUGACAUAAAACAAUGUUACUUUGCCCCUCUCUUUUUGCAUGAUUUGCACCUGAUAGAAUCUAUGCUCUCCAAAUCAAGGGCUUCUCUCUCCAA